CGGCCGCGGCCAUAUUUGUCAAAGACAAACAAAACGCCGGUCUUUUCCACUCUGAAGCGUCUGUUGUUUCGACGCGGAUAAUUGGUAAAUGAUGGCAGCAAAUAAUUAUUUUGGGUUUACUCAUGGAGGAACCCAAUACGGAGCGGCAACGGCUAGUGCGGCCUACGGCGGGCAGACUGGAUAUGCCGUAGCUCCAGCUGCGACCGCCGCUACUUACGGCACCCAGCGCGCCGCCGCCACAGGAUACGACACUGCAUACCAAGCGGCAGCGGCCACGCAAGGUGUGAUUUUACCAGCAGCGGCUCACGCGCACGCGCACGCGGCGGCGGCGGCGGCGUCGGCCUACGACGCCAGCAAGUCGGCCUACUACCAGCAAGCUGCGGCGGCCUACCCUGCCGCCGCACCGCCUCAACCCCAGCCCACUUACGACGCCACUGCCGCCAAACCAGCAUAUUCCACUCCAGCUACUUACGCCCAGUGUACUUCCAUGUACGCGCAGGGCGGGGCGCGCGCGGGCGGCGGCGGCGCCAAGGCGGCCUACGGCGGCGUCUACACCGCCACCACCGCCGCCACGUCCUACCCCACGCAGGCCUACACCGCCACGCCCGCGCAGCCCGCCAAACGUCAGUAUAUACACGUCAACAUAGAGCCAACCAACAGAGGCAAUACAGCAUAUGACACAGCUCUCUACAACGCAGCCACCAUGUAUGUGGCACAACAAAACAAGACUGGGGGAGGAACUGGGUGGAAGAACUACAAUAAGACUGGCGUCGGCGCAGGCCAGACUAGGCGUCCUAAACCUCCGCCCAAGGCACAGCAAUUGCACUACUGCGAUGUCUGCCGCAUCUCCUGUGCUGGACCACAGACGUACAAGGAGCACCUGGAGGGCCAGAAGCACAAGAAGAAGGAGGCGGCCGUGAAGCUGGCGGCGGCGGGCGCGGCGUGCGCGGCGGGGCGCGCGGCGGGCGGCGCGCUGCGCUGCGAGCUGUGUGACGUCACGUGCACGGGCGCGGACGCCUACGCGGCGCACGUGCGCGGCAUCAAGCACCAGAAGGUCGUCAAGCUGCACACCAUGCUCGGCAAGCCCAUCCCCUCCACCGAACCCACCAAGCUCUCGCAAGCCAAAAAGACGGUGGCCGGGACGCCGAAGAUAGCAUUCGUAGCGUCCGGCGGGCUCAGUACUGUCGCGGGCACUUCAACCAAAGAAACAAUACCUGCCCAAGGAGACAAAGACAAAGACGGAGACGACAAGGACGACGACGCAGACGCUGAGCCAGAGGUGCAACCCGUCGGACAGGACUACAUCGAGGAGAUACGAGGAGACGACGGCAAGGCACUCAGCUUCAACUGCAAGCUCUGCGACUGCAAGUUCAAUGAUCCCAAUGCCAAGGAAAUGCAUAUGAAGGGCCGCCGUCACAGACUGCAGUAUAAGAAAAAGGUACAACCGGACCUGGAGGUGAAGGUGAAGCCGUCGAUGCACCAGCGCAAGUUGGCGGAGGCCAAGGCACAACGCAUGAUGGUGCGCGACGAGAUGUGGGCCCGGCGACGCAUGCACGAUGGCAUGGAGGAAGAAGACCGUAUGUAUUGGGAGGGCGGCAUGGAGCCAUGGUGGGGACGUGGACCAGUACCGCCGCCCAUGCAUCAUCACCAUCAUGGCAUGGGCAUGCCGUACGGCGGCGUGGGGCGGCGGCCCGAGACGUCGGACGACCGCCACGUGCUGGGCAAGCACGCCGACAUCUACCCGCCCGACGCCCAGCUGCAGGACAUACAGCGCGCCGUCUCACACACCGAGAAGGCGCUCAAGUCGCUCUCCGACGCACUCGCUGAACAAGCCAAGCCCAAGGUUGUGGGUAAACCUACUAAACCUGAAGAUCAAAAAAUUGAGAAACCAGACGGGAAAGAAGACGGGCGGGACAAUCAGUUGUUCUCGUUCGCGGGCGAGGGCGAGGCGGGCGCGGGCGCGCGCGCGCUGAAGGGCGCCAUGCGCGUGGGGCUGCUGGCCAAGGGGCUGCUGCUGCGCGGCGACCGGCGCGUGCGCCUCGUGGUGCUGUGCCACGACCGCCCCACCGUCACGCUGCUCAAGCGGGUCGCCACCGACCUGCCCGCGCACCUCCACAAGGUCAAGGGCGGCGAGGAGCCGCGCUACAAGGUGGAGCUGCAGGCGGCGGAGGGCGCGGUGGUGGUGUCGGACGGCGCGGUGUCGGUGCUGGUGAGCCUGACGUCGGCCGUGAUGCGCGAGCCCGCAGACGGUGGCGACAUAAAGCGAGACGACAAGGAUGUGCUACCGCGGCAGAAGUGUUUGGACGCGUUGGCCGCCCUUCGGCACGCCAAGUGGUUCCAGGCCAGGGCCGCCACGCUGCAGUCCUGCGUCAUCAUCAUCCGCGUCAUGCGCGACCUCUGCCGCCGCAUUCCCAACUGGACUCCGCUCAAUCCCUACGCGAUGGAGUUGUUGGUGUCCGGCGUGAUGCAGUCUGCGGGCGCGGCGCUGUCGCCGGGCGAGGCGCUGCGCCGGGUCAUGGAGGCAGUCGCCGGGGGACUGCUAUUGGACCACGGACCUGGACUACGGGACCCAUGCGAGAAGGAACUCAACGAUGCUUUGGGUAACUUACCACCACAGAAACGUGAGGAUCUGACUGCUUCGGCCCAACAAUUCCUUAGACAAAUUGCCUUCAGGCAGAUACACAAGGUGCUAGACAUGGAGCCGCUGCCUAAGCUGAAGCAUGCGACGGGAGCCUGGAAAUUCCCGCGCAAGCGCAGGCGCUCCAAUACUGACACUGAACCUGACACGCCCAACGGUGAAGGUAAGGUUGUCAAAACAGAAGAGAAGACGGAUGCAUCGGAGAAUCCCGCCAAGAAGUAACGGAUAAGAGCACCUGGAGCCGUGCGACCAUUGCUGCGUAUCGUCCAUAGGCCUGUCGACUACGCGAGCUGACGAACUAACCGUUCUGAAUACAAAGUGCGGCUUCACAGACCUCGUAACUUCAUAAGGAGGAUCGAUAUCCAUUAAUUGUACAUUAGUUAACAGAAAAUCUAUCUGAUAUUUUGUAUUAUGUGUAUGGGUUACACAAAGUUUAUUUUUUGGUCACCAACACGUGGUCAUGAUCUGUCCAAAAUAUUUUAGUACACAUAAAUAAAAUGCCGCGGUUUACAGUAGUGUUAAAUAUUAGUUAGGUUUAGAAUAUUCUAAUGAUGUAGGUAGUGUUAGCGUAUGCGAAGAGACAGGGAUAGUCGGAUUGACGAUAUACUGAUCGCUGUGAAGGAAUUGUCAUGUAAAUGAUUGGAUUUAUAGAAUAAAUGGAUCAUCUUCGGACUAGCAAUUCUCAAGGAUUAAAAUAUUUGUAACAUUGUAAUGGAUGUGUAUAAAGUUUUGUCUUCCAAAAUGUUGACGAAGCUCACAUGACCUCGUUGAUCACUAGUCCGCAGGUAGUCUCGAGAGAGUAGGGUUUCAGUAUUUGACUUUAUUCAUAUUUAGUUCCUUACCUGUCUGGCCACGCUAGACACAGGUAUGUUCUCCUGCAAAAUGCAGUUUAAUUUUAUUAUACGAUUAACCUAUUUGAUUAGUUUCGUAAGGUGUAUAUUUUUGUGUAUGUAUUUGAAAACGCUGUCUUUUAUGACGACGAUUUGUAAAAGUAUACAUAGCAUUGUAUCAAGAAAUUGGCAUCAAGUUUCGGCUUUGAUUCUAUCUUCAUCGGAAUCUGAAAUAAUGUCGAGUAAUGUGGCAGUAGUAGUGUUAUCUAGUACCAAAAGGUACUUUGUUUUACUAGAAUUUCAUGUAGAAAAAAAUAGUUCUUCUGGUGUAGGCAAUAAGGACAGUUGUAUUGUAAGCUAAUGCAUCUGACAUCUGAAGUAUGCAGUCGUCACAAGUGAUUAUUACAUUUUGUAAACAUUGUUGAAGUUGCAAUAAUUGACGCCUUAUUUGUGUAUAGUCUACAUUACAAAACCUUCCAUUACAUGUUACUGUUUCUUUAUAGUAAUGUUACACGAAUUAAUGUUUUUUGCAAGGCACGAACAUUUUAUAUUAUUCAAAUUGAUGUCUAAAAAUCAUCGCACCAUAUAUAAAAAUUAAAAUUUGGUGUGAUGUAACUAAUAUAUUAUUACUUAUUUAUAAAAAUAGGGUUAAAUGUUGUGACCCUUUAAAGUUUAGAUAGAUUUAACAAAUAAUCCAUUUCGGACUAGAUUCUGUGAAAAUGUUUUUUUUUAAACUACUUUGGGAGAUUAAAUGUCAAUAAAGAUAAUGACGAAGUU